AUGGUCGUCUUAAUAAAAACCGAGGCGGAUGAAAUCUUUGGGUCCUCGAUUGAUGAGUCCACUGCAGUUUGCGGCAAUUCUGCCUGCUCGAGACCAGUUACGGAUUCAUCUGGUGGUAUGCAGUGUGAUAUUUGCUUCCGCUGGUAUCACAAAGGUUGCACCGGCCUCCGAGCGAACCAGUACGCUAUGCUAUCAUCCAGUGAAAACCUCCUGUUUAGCUGUGAUGAUUGCUGCACUCAAAAAGCGAAGUGCCCGGCUAUCAUCUGUGCCGAAUUUAAGGCACUGGCAUGCAGGUUCACAUUGGUUGAGAAGGCGUUAGUCGGGCUUGCCUCGCUCAACUCUAAAGUGGACUUGAUUAUGAAUCACCUGAGUAUUGCAAAGGAGGACUCUGUAGCGAACUGUCCCCCUGCUGACAGUCCAUCCCUUGAUGGGUCGUUCAUCUUACCGGACGCUCCAGUACACAUUGAGAUAGAUGACUCAUAUGCCUCGGAUGGCAUUGUUGACCCUCCGCAAACGGAGGGCGAGUCACGGGCUCCUGGGCCGGAAAAGAAGGGGCGAAAGAGGGCAAGAAAAGUGCGCAAACCCUCCGCACCCAAACCGAGAGGUGUGAAGACGCUCAAGGUGCAACCACCUGAGCGGGAAACACCACCUGGUGAUGCGAAUCCCUCAGUUUCACCUAAGAUUGUGCAGGCAGGGGGUAAAAAACCCCAGAUGUCUACAUCGAGUGCUACUCAAAUUGCGGUGCCUACUCCAAACACAUCUUGUCUUCCAGGGGUACAGGUCGUGGAGGCAGGCAUGGACGUUGAGCCACGGAAUUUUUCGCCUGCAGGAAGAAAGAGAAAUCGGAACAGAACUGCCCGUACUCUUCAGGCAGGUUCGAAAAGCGUCAAGAAUGACGGGACAAACAAGCUGGAGCCUAAGUCGUACGCUACAGUUGCUUCAACCUCGUCUGAUAACUUGCGCCCAGUCUCGUUUUCCGCGGCUAAGCCGGUUGCGGUUCAUGUAAAUUCCAAAACCCGUGGGGUAAAUACACCCCGUCGAGGUGAUGCUUUCAUGGAUAGCAGUGUGAUAUUCCGUAACGCAGUGGAAUCCACUGCUGCACUUCCUGCCGAACGUACAUUAGACGACCUACAGUGGUUUAAGAUGUGCGUAACCAAACUUCUUCCGCCUGGGUUUCCCGGUGUUACUGUCAGGAAACUGACUAGAUUGGGUAACGUCCCAGUUAACGCCCCAAACCCUCGACCGCGCUUACUUCGGGUAGUCCUAUCUACCCCGGAGGAACGCAACGCGCUGUUGCGGUUUGCCUUCAAAUUGAAGGGUACUAAUGUUAGUGUUCAGCCAGACCUCCCAUUAGCGGAUAGGCUGAAGCUAAAAGAGGCCAUUAAGGACCUCAAAACCAGGCGAGCGGCCGGUGAACAAGGUCUCCGGUUGGUGGGUUUUCGGGUGGUCAGCCGGCGGUCUGUUUCCGCCCUACCAGUGCCAGUACUGGUAGCGCACGACCCAGGGCUGGACAUUACGAGUACCUUCAAAUAG